AAGCCGAAGACGGCUAAGCCGUACAUCUCCGUGCUGACUAAGAAACCGAAUCAAAAGGGGCAAAAAAUAAGAACUAUAAAUACGCAUAUAUCUAUACAUAUGUAUACCUCGUAUAUCACGCUCUCUAAAAUUCUUUAGCCUCCUAAACACAGCUCUCAGAGCCGCACCCUCUUUCUCUCGGGAGAGAUGGCAUCUCAGAGUGAAGAUGCUUCUGCUGCCCCUAGUGCACAGAUUAUUGGCAAUCUCUUUGUGGAAUCGUACUACAAUGUUCUUCAUCGUGUACCAGAGGAGGCUUAUAGGUUUUAUAAGGAUUCAAGUGUGCUCACCCGACCUGGACCUGAUGGCGUGAUGACAUCUUUUACUACUGUAGAAGCCAUUAAGGAGACGAUACUCUCCUUUAACUUCCCGAACUAUAAGUCAGAUGUAUUGACUGUAGAUGCAGAGUUUUCAUACAAGGAUGGGGUGAUUGUUUUAGUUACUGGUUGUGUAACUGGAAAGGACAAUGUGGAAAGGAAGUUUACUGAAUCUUUCUUUCUAGUGCCCCAAGAGUCAGGUUACUUUGUCAUGAAUUCUAUUCUUAGGUACAUGGGUGAAUCUGAAUCCUUGGGGGCUGAUUCUGUGGCAAACAACCACACUGAAGAUUCUGUGGCAAACAACCACACUGAAGAAAGUGCUUCAAAAUCUGCCUUGACACCAGAUCCUGAGCUAACUCAUGUUCCUGAUCAUCCUGAGCCAAAGCAAACUACCCCUGUGGAGGAUGGUACUGCAAACAAUAACAAUGACAAUGAAGUCAGUCACCAGUUGGCCGACCAGAAGUUGUCAGUUGGUGAAAAAGGGGUUGUUGCUGAGCACCCAAUUAAUUCAAGUCAGAAAGCUGUAGGCACAUACACUGAGACUGCUGCUGCUGAAAUCCAGGAACCUGCUCCAAAGAAGUCCUUUGCAUCAGUGGUGCAUGCAUUGAAGGACAAUAAUGCCCCGUUCCAUGUGAGGCUUCCCCCUGUUAAGCCUGCAGAACGGCCCCGUUCAUCUGCAGUACCUGAGGCUUCAGUUCCUAGUAGAAACAGCACCCUGAAAAAGAUUGAUGAUCAUGCAGUUAAGACUUAUGCCUUAUUUGUGCCAAAUCUGCCCAUGGAUGCAACAACAGAACAACUUGAAGUGGGUUUUAAGGAAUUCGGGUCCAUUAAGCGUGAUGGUAUUCAAGUUAGAAGUAACAAGCAACAGGGUUCAUGUUUUGGUUUUGUGGAGUUUGAAUCUGCCAGUUCAAUGCAACGUGCUAUUGAGGCUUCCCCAAUCUUGAUGUUUGAUCGUAAACUUCACGUCGAGGAAAGGCGAGGCAAGUGAAAUUAUUAAAUCCAUCAUUCUUAUUUAUUAUUUUUGAUAAGUUCCUCUUAAUUAUUAUUUACUGGUUGAUUAGCAUGAGUUAUUAAAUUACUCAAUAUCCGGUUGGUGUGGAUGAUUUGGUAUUUUGCAGCAAGCAAUGAUAGGGGAAGGUUUCCCUCAGGACGGGGUGGUUAUCGAAAUGAUAACUUUAGAGUCCGGGGGGGAGACUUCAAUGGCGGAAAUUUUAAUGGAGGCCGUGGCUCUGGUAGAAAUGAUUUUGAGAAGCGGGGUGAUUUCUCAAAUCGAACACGUGAUAAUGGUGGACGGAAUGCAGAAACUGGCCAGAGGGUUUACCAAAACGGUGGAGGAAGAGCCACACGCCAAGCCAUCACUGAGACUCAGGCAUAGACAAGGCUCUUGCCAGUUUUGUUGACAAUAGUACUUUCGACUUUUGAUAAUAUAGGAAAUCUUACUCUAAUUGCGGCAUUUUAGGCUUUUUUUUUUUUUUCCCCUUGAGAAUUUAACUUUUUGGGUAAAUUUAUUUAUGUUUCCAGUUAAAUUUGAAAUAAUUUGGCUUUUUAGGCUUUA